AUGUCCACCAAGCGACGCGCAAACAAUGGCGGGGCGCCAGAGAGGCCCCUCAAAGAGCAGAAGCGGCGCAGAGUCUCGAUCUACACGCCCGAGACCAACGAGACGCCCGAACGAACCACACGGCAUGGCCUGGAGAUACUAGAAAAGAUCAAGGUCGCAGUCGAUAAAUAUGGACAGCCUAUCGCUACCGAGUUCCUUCAGCUUCCUGACGGGGAAGAGUAUCCCGAAUACUACCUUACCAUCCGACUCCCUAUUGCUCUUGAUAUUAUCGAGAAAAAACUCAGGAAUCACGGAUAUACCCAAUUGACCGCUCUUGAAGCUGAUCUCCGACGCAUGGUAGCCAAUGCUAAAUUCUACAAUGAAAAGAGUUCUCUGCUCUUCUCCAAUGCAGAACGGAUUCGCAAGAUAGUGGUUGCGGAGAUGCCCAAGGUUAACCCUGCGUAUAAAGAUCCCAACUACGUUCCCUUUUCUACGCCACUACCGAAUAAUGAGGUAGAAGAAGAAGAGUUCAUCGAUGAGCUGCCAGAAGGAGAAGAGGAGUCUGAGCAAGAAGCAGAAGCAGAGGCAGAAGCAGAAGCAGAAGCGGAAGCUGAGCCGGAGCCAACAACUCGAGACGAACGAACGAGAUCCUCAAGACGUACGGGCGGACGUACAUCGGCGGUUGAUCGUGACCAAAGUCAGGCAGACGCCCAGAAAGAGGACCCCGAUGGCGCUGUUGCAGGUAAAUUCCAGACAGCCCUGGAAACAAUACUGAACGAAGCUAUCCGCAUGCAGGACGAGGACGGCGAAGAAAAAUUUGCCCCGUUCAUCAAUCUCCCAGAUAAACAUCUAUACAAGGAAUACUACGAUGUAAUAGAUCACCCUGUCUCAUUACGAGGUAUUCUACGAACAGUUCGUGGCACAGACAGACGGAAAUCCACGACUUCAAAGCCCAAAGCAUCCAACCCGUUUAGGUCAUGGAAAGCAUUCAUCGACGAAGUCAACUAUUUGUGGACCAACGCACGGACAUUCAAUGAAGAUGAGAGUGAAAUUGCCAUUCUUGCUGGCGAGCUGGAGAAAUUCUUAAAUACCCGGAUAGCAGAGACAAGGAAAACCGUUCCUGCACCCGAGGAAGACGGCGGUAGCGGUGGAGGCGGAGGCGGUGGACCAAAGAUACGGCUGAAGCUGGGAGCAGCCGCAUCAACGCCGGAACCGCCUGUGACCACGACAUCGAAGCUUAAGCUACGACUACCUGGCAAGCAGCAGCAGCAACAGCAACAACAACAAAAACAACAGACGGACACUGCUCCAGCUACUUCAAAGAUGGCUGGCGUGAGAGUUGAUACCGAGGCGCUAAAACGGCAACAGGAGCUUGUCAGAGCAGGGACAAACGGGAUUGAGGUGCCUACCCCGAGCAGCAACAAUGUACAGGCGACGCCAACACGGACCCUACGAGACAGAACAACCUCUGCACGGGUUCCCGCCGCCGCAGCCGCUGCUGCUGCUACAGCUUCGCCGACUCCUGCCACUGCUGCCGUCAAUGGUACACCAGCUGCCCCUGCCACUACAGCUGGGCCUUCACUCAGGUCACGGACGCCUCUCACACGGCGAGCAGAGGCAGAGUUGGAGCGAGAAACAGCGCCAAAACCAGAGGCAGCAGUGAAGCCUUCGCCGAGCCUACCGGAAUCUCAGACUGCUACUCCCACGCCGGCUCCUGCUGUCCCAGAACAACCGGCGAAAAGCACGAGCACAGGCCCCACGCCGCUCUCGCCAGCGGACUGGGAGAAGCUAUCCCAAGCAAGAAACAAAGCAUACGGGAAUGGCCUAAUAUCACAGGUCUCCAUAUCAUCACACUCAUCACUCCCCCUCCGCCAGCCCUUCCACAUCUCCCUGCCUUGCUCACCAGUUCUCCCCUCUCAACCCAUAAGUCUGACCCUUCCCUCAUGCAUCAACCUCAUCAGCUUCAGCCCCAUCAUCGCCUCGACUUCCCACCGCCGCCCGACACAGCACUACUUUACUGUCUGUGACCAAAAGAACCCUACUCCGCCGACCAGCUCGGCCGUGCCGUUCACAGACUAUACCCGGUUUGCAUACGACGUACGGCUGCGAGAGGGCGUCAACAAGCUGGUCGUCGGCGUCUCUGGCAAGGGAGACGGUGAGACGACAGAGCGAGUCAUCCUUUUUAUCAACCUCUUACGGUCCUAG